AUGAUUUUUAAUCAAACUCGUUCCAUUACUUGCUCUUCUGCUCCGUGCACGGUCUAUGACCCAAUGGCCAACUACAACCGGACGCGACAUGCAGAGGACUUGCUAGAACGGAACGCCUCGAGCCCACCUUCGUUCGCGGUCCAUCUGCAUCCGGAGCACUGGACGCUCAACAAUGCGUCCAAGUUCUUGUACAAUAACCAGAUUUCGAGCCUUCUGGAUGACAUCAGAGCGCACCGGAUCCCGGUCGACUUUCUCGAAAUCUUCGACGCUCUCAAAGUGCCAUUCUACGAUGGCUGUCUGAUCGUCGAACUCCUGGAUUACCGGCCGCAACAAAAAGCGAAGGACACGCCGCUUGACAAGCCGGGAAAGACCCGAGUCGUGCUCCAUCCGAACGGAGAGACGCUUUUCGCGGACUUAUGCGCCUUGAAUCGGAAGCACGGCGCGACCUGGAGUGACCAGCAGGCGCUGGAGGUCGAAGCAAAGAUCGUCCAACUGACUGCGCCACCGCUCUGCCUUUCGCCGGAUCCGUUGCUCACACGCAUCGUCAACCACACACUGCGUGUAUCGACGCCAAUGGUGCCAACGUCUCUCAAGCGGAAGGCGGCGGCUCUGGAUCCCGAGGAAGACGAAAUUGAUAAGGCGCGCCGGACGAAGAUCAUGCAGUACAUGGCGCCUCGCCCUGGGCGGGGUAUCAGUCAGAACUAUAAGAUUCUAGACGUCAUCCAAAGGGCUCGUGCUAUGCAAGCUGCGAAACCGCCAACUCCUUCCGUGCCUCCUACCGAACCACCUCAUCCGUCACCUGUGUCGGUCGACAAGUUGAGAAAGCAAAACGGGACCCCGAUGUUUAUGAAUGGGUCGUCCAGCCUGAACCAAACACCGUCUCCGACACAUGUAUUCCCUGUACAAUCUGCCGAGGCAAAACGCGCGCCCACCCCACUGCAGCACCAGUUCUCUGUCACCCCUGCAGCCAGCUCCCCGCCCCAAUCUCAACCUCCACCGUCCCAUCCCGCUCCAGUACCCACCCCGAUACCCCACCCCCAAUCCCAAACUCCGGCCCAAACUCAACCGCAGGUGAAGGUGCAGGCUCAGCCCCAGGCGUUCCCCAACCCGGCGGCAAUCCAACCUCGCCCUCAAUCUGUGACGCCGAAUUUCGCUGGCGCGAACCAGUUUGCCGUUCCACCUGGCACGCGGAUGACCAAUGUAAACGGCCAGACGAAGCUCCCCCCGCCGAGUGGAGUGAUGAAAAAUGCCCAGUCGCAGCAGAUAUUCAUGGCUGCACAGCAAUUGCAACAGCAGAGAGCGGCUGCGCUGCAGGCCCAACAGCAGCAGCAGCAACAGCAGCAACAACAACCGAACGGUCGAUUGACACCGCGCCCGGCCCAGCCGAUGAAUCUGGGCAUGAAUAUGAACAUGAACGCUGCUGCAGCCGCGGCUGCGAUGGCCAACCGCGGCGCCAAUGGCGGUCUGCCCACCUUGAACCAACAACAGCGGAUCGUCGCUGCCCGGUCGCCCAUCCCCCCGGAAACCCGAAUCAGCCGCAGCAGAACGGCAACGGCCAGCAGCUGA